AUGGCUUUGCAGCGUUUUACUGGGUUCUGGCAUGUCUGUAUUUUAGCGUGUUUUGGUGUCUCGGCUCAUGCACGCGAGACGAAGUAAACCCAACACGCUUUGAUGAGCACGACAACCUCGAUGAGGCUCCGCCAAAGAAAUGAAAUGAUUGCUAGACGGGCGCUUUAUUCAUAUAAACUGGUGACACACGUCUGAGCAAGUUUAUGAUGGCUCGGGAGGUGGGUGUCAAGCUUUUAACAAGCGAUUGCAAAACUGCCAUGACGUCGGCGUUUAGUGAUAUCUGCAUUUUGUGGCAGUGUCUCCAAAUUUAGUUUCAAAGCAUAAUUUUGUCAGAUUUGAGAUACGGCUUGUGUGACGGUUUUUAUGUGCAUUUGUUUAAUGAUAAACCAAGCUGUUACAGGUUUCUGGACACUCCUAGGAGGGUCUGGGUGUGGCCUGGAGGGUGGAGCCGUAAAUGUGAUGAUUGUUAAUGGUCUUUGACCUGCUGGGUGGGUUCAGCCACAUCUGCUGGGCUCGUGUCAGCCCCUCCCAAAUCUCCGCGCCAUUUCGUCCCAUUGCCUCGUCCUUUUUCUGCCUUGUUUUUCGCAUCUCUAAAUCGCGACUGUAAACAAAAAACCGAUUCCACUCGCUACCACAGGUUUUCUACACCAUGAUACGAAAGUCGCUUCGCCCGUUGAAAGACACCACCAACGUCCAUAAAGAUACUCCCGUUGCCCUCAAACCAGUGAUUCUCAAGAACGCAGUUGCUGACUCCCUUCAAUUUCUUCACAACUCCAACCUCACAAAACUCAAAGUAAAGCCUCUGGUCUCACUUUCUCAUUUUGAAAUUGGCAAGACUUUGGGCAAAGGAAAGCUCGGCCUGGUGUACUGUGUCAAGCACAAGGCCCUGAACUUUGUAUGUGCCUUGAAGGUAAUGAACCUCGAAACCCUUCGGUCCCUAAAAUUACAAAAGAACUUACAACGAGAAAUCGAAAUCCAGUCUUCCUUACAACACCCCAACAUCCUCAAACUUUUCAGCUACUUCUAUGACUCUAAAAACGUGUACUUGGUUAUCGAAUAUUCCAUCAACGGUGAGUUGUAUCAUCACCUAAGAAUCAACAAGCGUUUUACCAACACUUUGGCCAGCUUCUACAUUUAUCAAGUAACCUUGGGGUUAAUUUAUUUGCAUUCAAAUGGCAUUAUUCAUCGGGAUUUGAAGCCGGAAAAUAUUUUGGUGGACUUCAAUCAUACCGUUAAACUAAGCGAUUUCGGCUGGUCUGUUAAAAUCGAGAGAAAUGCUAAACGAUCAACCAUCUGCGGUACAUUGGACUACUUAUCCCCAGAAAUGGUCAACUCAAUGGCCUACGAUUUCAAAUCGGAUAUUUGGUCUUUGGGGGUUCUCAUAUACGAAUUGCUUGUGGGAAAGCCACCUUUUGAGCAUCAUGACCGUAAUGUCACCUAUAAACGAAUUGUCGGCUUGGAUCUUAAGUUUCCUCCGUUUGUCAAUGACGAGGCCAAAGAAUUGAUCUUGAGUUUACUCAAGACCAACCCUUCAGACAGACUACCACUUGAGCAAGUUUUGACACAUCCAUGGUUGAUGAAAAAUAAGCAAAAAUGGCCGGGAAAUUAGCUUUGUACAAUACUCUGUAACAUAACUUAUAUUAAUACAUAAACGAACAAACAUUCACCAAAUACCAUCGACCCCCGGAAGAUGGCACUACACCGCACUACCUCUGGACUUGAGCCUGCGCUUGCUGUUGAGCUUGGGCUUGAGCCUGUUGUUGGGCUCGUUUUUGCCUUUGCUUCAUCAACAUCAACUGCUGUUGUUGCAACUUGGCGAUCUGUUGCUGAAACAAUUGUUGUUGCGCAGCAUUGUGCUGGGCAGUUAACAUAAUUUCCUUGGAAGGAGCACGAACCUGGUACAUUUCACCUGAAAUAUUGGUGGAGUUCUGAGUGACUGAGUCAUUUUCGAUUCUCUUAGAAUCAACAUUGACCAAGGCACUUCUUCCUUGUAAUCCACCAAUAGAACCAGAAAUGGCCUGGUU